CUCUUGGUUGCUGCUUGGCUAGGAAGCAGCGGGGCGGUCUUUCCCCUUCCGGUGGGCGCUGACCUUGUGGGCAGCGGAGCGUCCGUUCAUCCGCAGCCAUGGUGGCGUACUGGCGGCAGGCCGGGCUCAGCUACAUCCGGUACUCCCAGAUCUGCGCUCAGGUUGUCAGAGCGGCGAUGAAGCCUCAGUACAAAGCUGAGGCGGAGAGGGCGGCGACGGCGACCGUGAAGACUGUGAAGGCCAAGAAGGAAUAGCGGGGCUAGCAGGAACUGCUCUGCUGAACAGUGAACUGCAAGCUGUAGGCAAACUCAAGACUGCAGUUAACAUCAACACGUUAACUGUAAAAUUUGCCCAUGUACAUAAAUCAGCUAAUAAAUUUCAUUGCUGAAUAAACAAA